AUGCCAUCCAGCUUCGCCAAAGUCGAGUCCGCUGCGGAAAUGCAGGACAACUUCAACGAGGACGAGCCCUCUCGCGGGUCGAACGAAUUUCUAAUCGACCAUGAAUUAAAAUCAAGAAAGGGCAAAUCUCAAAGAAAGAGCCUCUUUUGGACUUUCUCGAUCAUUUUGAGUGCUAUUGGUGUUGUUGAAUUGAUAGCGUCAGCAACUAUCCUCCUCCAACUACGCUCCUUGCAUCAGCCGCAAAUAGGAAGCGAAAGAAACCAUAUAAUCCCCAGAUUUCCUACUCAUCAGGUGCUUUUCCAAAAAGAUGGAUCAGCGACGACCAAAAGUCUAAGCCAAGAAGACAGGAAUGAGACUCGGGAAAACUGGCUCACAUAUAUGCCGAAAGGAAACGGGUUUCUCGCUAUAAAUGACUUCAACAAAUAUGAUCUACCAGAGCCUAUUCUGUAUCAUGGAAACAACACCUACUCGAUCGCUGUAUUCCACCAGUUACACUGCUUGUAUAUCGUCAUGGACAUGUAUAACAGCCUUCUCGAUCCAACCUCCGAAUAUCGCACAGACCCCGAAUUAUCCGCUUUCGACUCGGAUGCUCAAGACCAUGUUCAGCACUGCUUUCGAUAUUUGCGGCAAUCUGUCACCUGUUGUGGGGAUACAACUCUGGAGGGACAUAUUCCUAACAGUCCCUUGAAUGGUACAGACGGAACGGGAGCAACGCAUGUGUGCAAAAAUUUCGAUGCCAUCCGAACAUGGGCUGAACAUAGGCGGGUCGUAGACGAGAAGCAUCCUUAA